AUGGCCGAAAUCCGUCGCAAGCUUGUCAUCGUGGGUGAUGGUGCCUGUGGUAAGACUUGUCUUUUGAUUGUCUUCUCCAAGGGUACCUUCCCUGAGGUCUAUGUCCCCACUGUCUUCGAGAACUAUGUUGCCGAUGUCGAGGUUGAUGGCAAGCGUGUCGAGCUCGCUCUUUGGGAUACGGCUGGUCAGGAAGAUUAUGACCGUCUCCGCCCUCUCUCGUACCCCGACUCUCACGUCAUCUUGAUCUGCUUCGCGGUUGACUCGCCCGAUUCCCUUGACAACGUUCAAGAGAAGUGGAUUUCCGAAGUGCUUCACUUCUGCCAGGGACUCCCUAUCAUUCUCGUCGGAUGCAAGAAGGAUCUUCGCAAUGACCCCAAGACUAUUGAAGAAUUAACCAAGACCUCCCAGAAGCCUGUCACCGCCGAACAGGGUGAGGAAGUUCGCAAGAAGAUUGGAGCCUACAAGUACCUCGAAUGCUCUGCACGAACCAACGAAGGUGUCCGUGAGGUCUUCGAGGCCGCCACCCGGGCUGCUCUCUUGACCAAGACUCACAAGAAGAAGAAGGGGUGCACCAUCCUGUAA